AUGACCAAAGCAGCAAAAAACGCUUUAGCUAUAGCUCAGCAAAGACAAACCCACUACACCAAUAAAUGCUAUCACUACUUAGAAUAUAAGAUAGAAGACAAAGUAUUGCUUUCAACAAAAAAUAUUAACAAUCCAAUUGACAAGCAAAGACCAACAAAAAAGCUCUUAUCUAAAUAUGUCGGUCCUUAUACAAUUCUAAGAAAAAUUUCGGAAAGUCAAAAGAAUUCAACCGAUCAACAUCUCCCCUCGCAAUUUUUAUAUCCAAAACUCAACAAAAAGA